UAAUACAAAUAGUAGCAAGCCCCGCAGUGCGUAAUCACAACGUACACCGUUCGAUCUAACACCACGUCAUCGAUCCGCGUGAAAUCGUGUCUCAACGGCUGAGAUCAUUUUCGCAGAGUAACUGAAGAAACGAAGAGAAGAAGAACGCCGCGUUGUUUCUCUACUCUCUUGUGCUCGAUUUUCGAUCGAUUUUCCACUCUUCAAUGAAAACAGAAUCUCAAAAUUUUGAAGCUUCGAAGAUGAAUUUCACGGAGGAUUCUGAGGAAGUGAAGAAAAAUGAGGUGAUUGUUUUGAGUGAAGAUGAAGGUGAAGAAGAUAAUGAGUCGGUGGAGGAAGUGGAUGCCGGAGAAGACGACGGUGAUGACGAUGAUGAUGUUGAGGAAGAGGAGGAGGAUGAUGAAGAGGAGGAUGACGAAGAUGCUCCUGAAGGCGGCGGUGACGACGAUGCAGAUGAAGAGGAAGGUGGAGAUGAUGAAGUAGGUGGUGGUGAGGGUGGUGGUGACUCCGACGAUGAUGAUGACGACGAUGAGAACGAUGAUGAUGAUGAGGAUAACGAUGGAGAGGACAAUUUGGGAACAGAGCACCUUGUCCGCCCUAUAGGCAACGCUGAAGAUGAGGAAGCUUCUAGUGAUUUUGACCCAGAAGAAAAUGACGAGGAGGAAGACGAAGAAGAAGAUGAUGAGAAGAAUAAGGUUCCGCCAAAAAGGAAGAGGUCAAAUAAAGAUGAUGAUUCCGAUGAUGAUGAUGGCGGAGAAGAUGAUGAAAGACCCUCAAAGAAAUAGAGUUGGGUUCAUUCUUUGUUUGAUUGAGCACUUAACAAACCAAACCAUAGUAGAUCAGCAUCUGUCCUUUGAACACUUUUCAGAGAAAGGAUGAGUAGGUCCAUGGAAUUUGUUUUGUGCUCUCUUGUAUUAUUAUUAGUUUUAUGUUGCAACAUUGUUAGGAUUAGUCUUUGUCUGGUUGGUGCAUAUAGUCAAUUGUGGGUCGAAACAUCUGCUAGGACAACUAAUGUGGACUUCAAUUUUAUCUUUAAUAUUUCUCAGGUCAUUAGAAUUUAUGCAUAAUGUUUCUGAC